CUCCCAGCCUCCCAUAUAAAACCCAUCGGCCGGGAUCUGCUCCUCAUCUUAUUACCACCUCCGCCUACCUUGACCGGCAGCGUCCGUAUUGUCUCUCCCGGAGACGCAGACAGAGGAGCACCUGUGGGGAAGCCCAGCCCCCGACCCGCCGCCAUGGGGGACGAUAGCGAGUGGAUGAAGCUUCCCGUCGACCAGAAAUGUGAACACAAGGUUUGGAAAGCGCGGCUCAGUGGCUACGAGGAAGCCCUGAAGCUCUUCCAGAUGAUCCCAGACGAGAAGAGUCCCGAGUGGGGGAAGUACCUCGGCCUCAUCAAGAAGUUCGUGACGGACUCCAACGCCGUGGCGCAGCUCAAGGGCCUGGAGGCGGCGCUGGCCUUCGUCGAGAACGCACACGUGGCCGGGAAGACCACGGGGGAGGUGGUGUCCGGCGUGGUCACCAAGGUCUUCAACCAGCCCAAGGCGCGGGCCAAGGAGCUGGGAGCGGAGAUCUGCCUGAUGUACAUCGAGAUCGAGAAGGCCGAGGUGGUGCAGGACGAGCUGCUCAAGGGCCUCGACAACAAGAACCCCAAGAUCGUGGUGGCCUGUCUGGAGACGCUGAGGAAGGCUCUGAGUGAGUUUGGCUCGAAGGUCGUGACCCUGAAGCCGGUGGUGAAGAUUCUCCCCAAGCAGUUUGAGUCCAGGGAAAAGGCGGUGAGGGAGGAGGCCAAGCUGCUGGCCGUGGAGAUCUUCAAGUGGAUCAGGGACUCUCUGAGGCCGCCGCUGCAGAACAUCAACUCCGUGCAGCUGAAGGAGCUGGAGGAGGAGUGGGUGAAGCUGCCGCCGUCUCCGCCCAGACAGAGCCGCUUCCUGCGCUCGCAGCAGGGCCUGAAGGCCAAGCUGCAGCAGCAGCAGGCGCAGGGCCAGGACCAGUCCAACGAUGAAGAGGAGGAGGCGGCGGCGGCCGUGGAUCCCUACGAGCUGAUGGAGGCCGCCGAGAUCCUGUCCAAGCUGCCCAAAGACUUCUACGAGAAGAUCGAAGCUAAGAAGUGGCAGGAGAGGAAAGAGGCCCUGGAGGCCGUGGAGACGCUCACCAAGAACCCCAAACUGGAGAAUGGGGACUACGGAGACCUGGUCCGAGCCCUGAAGAAGGUCGUGGGUAAAGACACGAACGUCAUGCUGGUGUCGCUGGCCGCUAAGUGUCUGGCCGCUCUGGCCGCCGGGCUCAGGAAGAAGUUUGGGACGUACGCAGGACAGGUGGCUCCGACUAUUCUGGAGAAGUUCAAGGAGAAGAAGCCUCAGGUGGUCCAGGCCCUGCAGGAGGCCAUGGACGCCAUCUUCCUCACCACCACCCUGCAGAACCUCUCGGAGGACGUCCUGGCCGUGAUGGACAACAAGAACCCGUCCAUCAAGCAGCAGGCGUCCCUCUUCCUGGCGCGCUCCUUCCGGCUCUGCACGCAGGCCACGCUGCCCAAGAGCGUCCUGAAGCCGCUGUGCGCCGCGCUCAUCAAGCAAGUCAACGACUCGGCGCCGGAGGUGCGGGACGCCGCCUUCGAGGCGCUGGGGACGGCCAUGAAGGUGGUGGGGGAGAAAGCCGUCAACCCCUUCCUGGCAGACCUGGACAAACUCAAACUGGACAAGAUCAAGGAGUGCGCCGACAAAGUGGAGCCGGCGGCCGGAGGCGGCAAACCCGCGGCGGAGAAGAAACCGGCGGCCAAAGCGGCGCCUCCCGUCGAAGCUCCGCCCAAAUCCUCCGCCCCGCCCAGGAAGGCCCCCGGCGCGGCGGGCAGCAAGGCGGCGGCGGGAGGACCAGCAAAGAAAGGCAAGGCGGCGCCGGCGGCGGGAGGGAAGAGCAAGAAGAGCGCGGCCGAAAGCAAGGACUUCACCGAGACCGAGCUGGCGGUGGAGGCAUGCGAGGAGCUGGCGGCGGCCGUACUUCCUGCUUCCUGUCUGCAGCAGCUGGACUCGGCCAACUGGAAGGAGCGGCUGGCGAGCAUGGAGGAGUUCCAGAGGGCGGUGGAGACGAUGGACCGGGCCGCCAUGCCCUGCCAGGCGCUGGUCCGCAUGCUGACCAAGAAACCCGGCCUGAAGGAGACCAACUUCCAGGUGAUGCAGAUCAAGCUGCACGUGGUGGCGCUGGUCGCCCAGCGGGGGAACUUCUCCCGGACGUCGGCCCUGCUGGCGCUGGACGGCCUGGUGGACAAAGUGGGAGACGUCAAGUGUGGCGGCAACGCCAAGGAGGCGCUGACGGCCAUCGGCCAGGCGUGCUCGCUGCCGUGGACGGCGGAGCAGGUCGUCUCGACGGCGUUCGCUCAGAAGAACCCGAAGAACCAGGCGGAGGCGCUGAACUGGCUCUCCACCGCCAUCAAGGAGUUCGGCUUCAGCGGCAUCAACGUGAAGGCGUUCAUCAGCAACGUGAAGACGGCGCUGGGCGCCACCAACCCGGCCAUCCGCACGGCCGCCGUCACGCUGCUGGGCGUCAUGUUCCUCUACAUGGGCGCGCCGCUGCGCGUCUUCUUCGAGGACGAGAAGCCGGCGCUGCUGUCGCAGAUCGACGCCGAGUUCGAGAAGAUGACGGGUCAGUCUCCUCCGGCGCCCAUCAGGUUCACCAAGCGGGCGGCGGCCGAGGAGGACGCCGAGGACGGGGAGGAGCCGGACGAAGACGGAGGAGGAGGAGGAGGAGGAGGAGGGCAGGACAUCAUGGACCUGCUGCCCCGGACGGACAUCAGCGACAAGAUCUCGUCGGACCUGGUGUCCAAGAUCAGCGACAAGAACUGGAAGAUCAGGAAGGAGGGGCUGGACGAGGUCGCCGCCAUCAUCUCCGAGGCCAAGUUCAUCACGCCCAGCAUCGGAGAGCUGUCCCUGGCCCUGAAGGGCCGGCUGGGGGACUCCAACAAGAUCCUGGUCCAGCAGACUCUGUCCAUCCUGCAGCAGCUGUCCACCUCCAUGGGACCCGGACUCAAGCAGCACGUCAAGGCCCUGGGGAUCCCCGUCAUCACCGUCCUGGGAGACAGCAAGCCUAACGUGCGGGCGGCGGCCCUCGCCACCCUGCAGAUGUGGGUGGAGCAGACGGGGAUGAAGGAGUGGCUGGAGGGCGAGGACCUGUCGGAGGAGAUGAAGAGGGAGAACCCCUUCCUGAGGCAGGAGCUGCUGGGCUGGCUGGCGGAGAAGCUGCCCACGCUGCGGGCGGCGCCGGCGGACCUGGCGCUGUGCGUGCCGCAGCUGUACGCCUGCCUGGAGGACCGCAACGGCGACGUGCGCAAGAAGGCGCAGGACGCCCUGCCCACCUUCAUGAUGCACCUGGGCUACGACAAGAUGAACAAGGCCACCGGGAAGCUCAAGCCCGCCUCCAAGGACCAGGUGGUGGCCAUGUUGGAAAAGGCCCGCGCCGUGAUGCCGGCCAAACCCGCCGCCCCGGCCAAACCCAGCGGCGGCAGAGAGACGAGCCGAGCGUCUUCAGCCACCAGAGCGCCGCCGGCCUGCGAGGACGUCGGGGACGGUAAACCCGAAGCCAAGAAGGUCCGAGGAGGAGCCGCAGUGAAGAAGCCCUCCCCCCCUCCCGAGGACCCCGCCCCUCCCCCCCCCUCCAAGGACAAGGACGCUAACGCUAGUAAAAAGCAGGCGGGCAAAUCCAAAGCCGCCGCCGGCGGUCAGCAGGGCGCAGCCGCCAAGAAACCUGCGGCCAAAGGACAGAAGGAGGACGAGGAUAAGUCCGGGCCCAUCUUCACCCUGGUGCCGAACGCCAAGGAGCAACGGAUCAAGGAAGAGAAGCAGCUGAAGAUCCUGAAGUGGAACUUCAUCACGCCGCGAGACGAGUACGUGGAGCAGCUGAAGACCCAGAUGUCGUCCUGCUUCGCCAAGUGGCUGCAGGACGAGCUCUUCCACUUCGACUUCCAGAGACACGUCAAGGCCAUCGGGGUCAUGAUGGAGAGGCUGGAGAGCGAGAGCGAGGCCACCAUCGGCUGCCUGGACCUCAUCCUGAAGUGGUUCACGCUGCGGUUCUUCGACACCAACACCACGGUCCUGAUGAAGGUCCUGGAGUACCUGAAGCUGCUGUUCGCCAUGCUGAACCGGGAGAACUACCACCUGACGGAGUACGAGGCCUCAUCCUUCGUCCCCUACCUCAUCCUGAAGGUCGGAGAGUCGAAGGACGUGGUUCGGAAGGACGUGCGAGCCAUCCUGGCCAUGCUGUGCAAGGUCUACCCAGCGUCCAAGGUGUUCCCCUUCCUCAUGGAGGGAACCAAGUCCAAGAACUCCAAGCAGAGAGCCGAGUGCCUGGAGGAGCUGGGCUGCCUCAUCGAGGGUUACGGGAUGAACGUCUGCCAGCCGAUGCCGGCCAAGUCCCUGAAGGAGAUCGCCGUGCACAUCGGCGACCGCGACACCUCCGUCCGCAACGCCGCCCUCAACACGGUGGUGGCGGUCUACAACGUGUGCGGGGACCAGGUCUACAAGCUGAUCGGAAACCUGUCGGAGAAGGACAUGAGCAUGCUGGAGGAGAGGAUCAAACGCUCGGCCAAGAAGACGCAGGCGGCCCCGCCCAAGCAGAGCGCCGCCGACAGGCCGCAGAGGGAACAGCCCUCCAACCCCAACGCCACCUUCCUCCGCAAGCCGGCCCAGGAAGACCCCAACAAGCUCAAAAUCAUGUAUCGCACGUAUAGGAUCCACGCCCGGCAGAACGCCCAGCACGGCGAGCCGGCCCACCCCUCCAUCCCCAAGGAGUUCCAGUUGGACCUGGACAUGAUCGAGAUGGACCAGAGCGGCGUGUGCGAGCUGCCCGACCUGGUGCAGCACAAGCUGGACGAGCUGCUGGAGCCCAUCACCAUCCCCGAGCCCAAGAUGCGCUCCGUCUCGCCGCACUUCGACGACCUGCACAACAACACGGCCUCCACCAUCAACUUCGUCAUCUCGCAGGUGGCGAGCGGCGACAUCAACACCAGCAUCCAGGCCCUGGCUCAGAUCGACGAGGUCCUGCGCCAGGACAAGGCCGAGGUGAUGUCGGGACACAUCGACCAGUUCCUGAUCGCCACGCUGAUGCAGCUGCGCCUCAUCUACAGCACGCACAUGGCCGACGAGCGGCUGGACAAGAAGGACAUCAUCACGCUGUACAGCUGCAUCAUCGGGAACAUGCUGUCUCUCUUCUCCAUGGACUCUCUGGCCAAAGAGGCGUCCAUGGGCGUGCUGAAGGACCUGAUGCACGGCGUCAUCAUGCUGAUGCUGGACGGCAGGAUCGAGGACAUCGAGGACGGACAGCAGGUCAUCCGCUCCGUCAACUUGCUGGUCAUCCGGGUCCUGGAGAACUCGGACCAGACCAACGUGAUCAGCGCUCUGCUGGUGCUGCUCCAGGACAGCCUGGUGACGCCCGUCCCCGGUUCCCCCAUGCUGACCGAGCUCGUCAUGAAGUGUCUGUGGAGGAUGAUCCGCUACCUCCCAGAGAACAUCAACACCAUCAACCUGGACCGGGUCCUGCUGGACGUCCACAACUUCAUGAAGGUUUUCCCCAAAGAGAAGCUGAAGCAGCUGAAGAGCGACGUCCCCCACCGGACGCUCAAGACGCUGCUGCACACCCUGUGCCGGCUGACGGGGGCCAAGAUCCUGGACCAUCUGUCCAUGAUCGAGAAUCGGAACGAGUCGGAGUUGGAGGCUCACCUGAGGAGGAGCUUCAAACACUCCCACCUGUCGGGAGUCAAGAGCGAGCACGGCAACGACAGAGGCCUGCGCACGGACGAUCGCAUGUCCAAGGCGAAGGUCAGCGACAUCCUGUCCGAGAUCUUCAAGAAGAUCGGCUCCAAGGAAAACACCAAAGAGGGACUGACGGAGCUCUACGAGUACAAGCAGAAGUACUCGGACGUGGACCUGGAGCCGUUCCUGAAGAACACGUCGCAGUUCUUCCAGAGCUACGUGGAGCGAGGCCUUCGCAUCAUUGAGUCGGAGAGAGAGGGCAAGCCUCGCAUCCAGAGCUCCUCAGUGAUCCCGCAGCACACCGGCAGCGACUCGGUGAGCAGCAACGAGGAGGUGAACCUGGCCGUCUACUACGAGAAGCUGAAGGUCCUGAGGCAGAGGCAAGGCAUGGAGAACACCACCCGGAGCGUGAGCGGCGGCGAGGAGGAGCCUCCCCAGCGAGCUGCCAUCUCCUCCCUGCUGUCGCCGAAGCCGCCGGUGGCGUCGUCCACCGACAUGCUGCACAGCAAGCUGUCCCAGCUGAAGGAGUCCCGGGAGCUGUACCAGCAGGAGCACAGCGCCCCCUCCCCCACGCACGGCCACGCCCGCUCCGCCUCGCCCGCCGCCGCCAACCUGGACGACCUGAAGAAGCGCCUGGAGCGGAUAAAGAGCAAGCGGCAGUGAGCGCCGCCGCCGCCGGCCUCAGUCACCUCCUCCUCCUCCUCCUCCAUGCUCAUGUCCUGAUAGGCGGGAAGACUUAACUCCGCCCACCGUGCCUGCACAGGAGUAGAAAUGAAACGCAUCCCGACGGUCCGAUCCAUGCGAGUGUUUCCAGCAGGUUCUCAUCGCCGACCUGCUCUUCCUGUUUUCAGUUUUUUUUAUUACCGACGGCGUUUGUAUAUAUUUCAGUGUUUCUGUGUGGACUGGCGCCGGGCCAGCGCCCCCCGCUGGCCGCACUGUGAGCCGACCCGGGCGUGAACACCGCCGGUCCGGGACGCGGUCGCCGCGCGUCUUGAUUUCCUCGUGUAAAUAAAGUUUGUCGAACCAAGCGGCUGUAACUGAAGCACCGUUUCCCGCGUUUCCCCGACGGAGACGGCGGCUCCCGCCGCGUCGCUGAAUGUGGAGUUUUUUUUGUAUUUAAUUCAGACGUCACCACUCUAACCGCACACCGUCGCUCUCGGCUUCCUGUAAAACCCAUUGUGGAGAGAAACUGCAAUAAAGAUGUUUUUUUUUAACAAACUGACUGCUGUUCAC